CAUCUCGGCUGGAUGCCCUCCGCCGACGACGAUUUCGUGCCCGACUUCGACCACUUCAACGAGCCGCGAGCUGCGCCCGCGCACGACCAUCUUCUCGGCAAAUCGCCGCCCACCACUACCAAGACCAAGAAGAAGAACAAGAACAAGAAAAAUGCCGCCAAGCAGAGGCCGGCCGAAGACGCAGACUAUUCCUCCUCCUACCCCAAGUCGAUAACACCAUCUCCGCCCACAGACGCUGUCAAGCCGCUCCAAGUUGCCUCUCCCUUACUGCACCCCGAGCCGGAGCCAGAGCUAGCACCCGAAUCAGAGCUGGUCCUGGAAAGCUCUCCGCUCGUGCACUUGGACGAUGAGCCUGCAGCCGUGGAGCAUGUCGAGCCGCCAGUGCCUGUCUCCAGGCCAGAGUCGAAGUUGUCUCCACCUGCUUCACCCGCCGUGAGAUCGCCCAGACCAGCUCCGGCUAAGCUCGCUGCACCUCCGUCGCCCGCCACACGCCCAUCAAGUCUAUACGGAGCUGUACGCGAUCGAAGAAAUAGCACUAACAGCCAACGGCCUGUGCCACCAGCAUCGCUUCAGUCCCAACCGCGUCGUGAAUCGCUUGUGUCCCAUCGUCCGGCUACUCGUCUGCUCGACCCACCACCGCCUCAUAUGCGCCAAGCUCACUUCUUUGCACUGCCCGAUCUUGGUCUGUUUGGUCAGAAGCAGGAGCCUGGGAGGCCUGCUGGGUCAGAUGGCUACUGCUGUCGCUUAGAUUCCUUUGCACAUGCUGGCAGCGAUGUCUGUGCGAAAAGUGCAAGAGAUGCUUUGCUUGUGGGUAGUGAGGGUGGACUGGAGGUGCUUAGAAUCUUGCCAAAUAAGCUUGAGGUGGUCGGUCGUCUGGAAGGUCUACGAGGUGCAGUAAUUGACGCCAAGAUCCUACCACAUCUCAAGAAGUACGACUACAUCCAAGAGCUUCGGCCGCUUGUCGCCGUUACUAUACAUGGACCGAUGCUGGACGAUAGACGAGAUUCCGGCCCGGAAGGCGAUGGCAAUGAUCCCACCGAUAAUGAUCCUCCCAGCCACUUCCAGACCACCGUUGAUGUGUACUCCCUGCAAACACAGCACUUCAUUUGCACGCUUUACAGCAGUUCGCCGGUUGCAUUGGAUAUGCCGACUCUUGGCCAAGUCGCGUCUUUACCGGAUCCCAUCGGCGACCUCCAGUUAGAUGCAAAAGGCUGCUUUAUCACUAUAGCUUCUGGCAAGAGUGGCGAAAUAUUUGUCUUCACGGACACCCCAAACGGCGAUCUCCAAGAGCCAGAGUUCAGGUGCAUUGGAAAGUUUUGGACCACUGUACAGAAGCCACUAUCAUCAAGGCCUCAAAGCCAAAGUGAUGCAGCAGGGAACGCUUCAGAAGUCAAGGAAGAGCCUCGCCACCCACUUUGCAGCCUCAGUUCGCGAUGGCUAGCUGUGGUGCCUCCUGUCUCGUCCUCGAGCAUUUCAAUUCAAGGUGCUCCAUUGAUCCGCGACUAUAAUUCCAAUCCUCCUGGCGUUAUCACUCAUGCCGCGCCACCACAGCCUGCUGUUUCUUGUGAAGUAGUUGGAACUGAUGUUGAAGGUGCAUGGUCCAGACUUGGUCGCCAAGCUGCUCAAGGCUUGGUGAAGUAUUCACAGAAAAGCAUCGAAAUCGGUUGGAAUGGUUGGAAGGAGCUCACGCAUCCUUCGCCGCCGGGUGCUCGUCAAGGCCACGAACGAGGAUCGAGCAAAGAAGACCUCUUCCCACCCACCAAAGGACCGGACGAAGACUUCGGACGACUUGCGAAGGAGCCAGCUCUUGUUGCAUUGAUCGACCUGGACACGCUCCUCUACUUUGAGAAGUGGAAGCCCAAGUAUCUGGCUGCACCAUUGUCUGCAUUCGCGCUAGUGGAAGGAUGCAACUUUCUUUCCCUCUCCUCUGCUGGGACCAAGCUACUCACAUCCAGUCGCAAGGGUGAAGUCUCAACGGUAUGGGAUCUGUCGCAAGUCGCCCAUGGCGUUGCAAGACGUGCAGCAUCGACCGACGAGAGCAUUAGCACCAGUCAGUGCGUUAAGCAGAUCCAGCGCAUUCCACGCAACAGCCCUUCCACAGUGUUGGACUGUGCGUGGUCAAGAGAUGACGAUGCUGUCGCCAUUCUUACAGCCCACGGCACCGUUCAUCUCCAUGAGGUAGCAUCACGGCCCCCGUCCAAGAAACGAAAGCGUGCGAGCUCGAUCUUACCACCAGCACCUGAGAAGGCCGAUGCCACUAUUAGUCUGUCCACCGGCGUGUCGCCUCCUAGUAGCAGCACGGCAGGCUUUCUCGGAAGCAUAAAGUCAGGAUGGCAGACUGUCAGCACGCAAGUGAACACAAUGCGCGCCACCAAUCCGGCAUCUGCAUUUGGACUACCGACUACUUUUGCUGGAUUUCGUGAGGCGACCGCAGCGGCUGGUAAUGCUGGGUCACGAGCUGUGGCUAGAGGGUUGAGUCAAGGCUACACAGCAGCUAAGGGCGGCGCCGCAGACUAUUGGCAUGCAGAUGACAACAAGAUUCGACAUACUAAAGCCCUACAGACACCGUUUGCGGCCAAGUCACUUGCGUGGAUACGAAGAAACAACACCACGUCUGUGACAAUUGCAUGCGGUGGAACCAUUCAUAUUCAUCCUGUGCAACGUGUCGAGCGACGUAAAGGCGAUGCGAUUGUCAGUGGGCUGAAGCAUGAGAAGUAUGCUCAUAAAGCUUUUCCAUUGCCAUCAAUCACAACACGUGCGGAAGUCGGGGUAAACAUCGAUGCUUGUGUUUUUCAAGGACCUCAUGGGUUCUGGACUCUGCGAAACUCGACGCCACCACCAGCAGGUGCUUUGAAAAGCAACAUUGCAACUGCAAGGACACUGCAAGACCAGACGAAUGACCUCGAGACAAACCCGCCAUACUGUCCGUUUCAUGUGGAUAGCCGAGUCACAAUCCUCGCAUUCGAUGAGAUGGACCAGAGUCAGUACGGUCCGUCACUUGCCUACGAGGGCUUCAUCAUCAAAGGCCACAACCACUCUGACGAACGGCCCUGGACAUUUGGCGAACAAAUGCCUCCUAGCUCAAUGAUCAACGAGCGCACUGCCGAUGAUUUGCACGAAGGCAGCGAUCCAGACCAGAACCCGCCUGCUGACGAGGAUGACGAUGAUGAUGUGGCAGAUCAGAUGGAGAGCAAAUUGACAAUUCAACCAGCUCGCAAAGGCAGCAACCGUCAGGGCGAUGACCAUAUACGAAUCAACACGAGACGCAGACCAGGCAAGAGCAACAAGGGCAGCACAAGGGCUGGAGGGGAUGGGGGGUUUGAUCUCAUGGAGGGCGACCAUGAUGAGUUUACAUGA